AUGAGCGUUAUUGUGCAGGUUUCAGAUAUAGCCUCUGAUUCUGAUGAUACCACUGGGAGCAAUGUGUUCGUUGAUAGCGACUCUGACGGUUGCCUGGAUGACUCUGACCUUGGCACCGAUGAUGAAGCAGAGCAGUCAUUGCGAACCCACAAGCAACCUCCGCCUCCGCCGGAGCAGUACCUCCAGGCGGAGGCAGACGUUGAUGUUUCACCGCUAUGGAAAGAUGGUCAAAGGAUACCAGGUAUUGGGACUGUUAGCUCCCUAGAAACACUUUGGAAGCAGUAUUUCCAAGUGUACAUGGCCGACACCGGUCAUCCCAUUGAUGAUUUAGUCAUCGCGCAGGCUCAAGAUGUGAUCGCCUUAGUUGCUGACGAGAAGAAACUAAGUUGGGAGAAACGUCCAAAGGGGACCAUGUAUGUUGACGACCUUGCUGAGUUCGCACGCGUGAUGUUGGCUACUACUGACAUGCUAUUCCUUAUUGGAUGGCUGCUGAUCCAGCCGAUCUUGUUCUGUCAUCUUGCUGGGAUAACGGGAAACCGGCCGGCAGCUCUGCUGGAACUCCGCUACCGACAUCUUCAGUUAACCCUCAUUCGCAAUCCCCUUGGAGGCACUCCACGACUGACCACUGAAUCACUACUGAAUUUACUAAGGGGCACCCCUUAUAUUUUCCUUCUUGGUAUGCUAUUUCACAUCAAGGCCUUUAAAUAUUUGCUAAUUACUGGUGCUGAGACACUCUAUGACUUGGGAGUUCUUGAGGGCCUAAAUCAUCAGAAGGUGCCUCUCCGGAACGACCUCGAUGACAAGUUUGUUUUUGGUCAAGCGUCCUUCACAAAUGAAGUUCUCAAAAAUGAAGUUCCAGACGGAAAAUAUUCAGUAGACAUAGAUGAAACUUUACACCGGAUUCAACUCCCGUUGAAGGAGGCUAUAGCCUUUGUGGCAGGCCACAAACCCACGUUCGCACAAAAUCCACAGGGCUAUAAAGGCUUAGAAGCAAAUUAA